AUGAAGACUCCUCUCAGCCCCUCUCAGCUCCUGGAGAGCGGGCAGAUCUUUGCCUUUGGGGGGAUGUGUCAAGAGCUAAUGGACACACCCACACCUACAAGCAUCAGUCUUUCCGUCCAGCAGGCUCCGUCUCCAGGUGACCGACAUGUUCCUGCACCAUUUUCUCAUAUAACCCAUCCUUGUUGUUUUGUCCCAGGUCAGGGCGGGGCCUACUCACUGUGUGAGGUGUGUAACCUGCAGCUGACCUCCGAUGCUCAGGCACAGCUGCACUACAACGGCCGGUCUCACCUUCGGAGAGUGCGACAGCUCCAGGCUGGAGAGAAGGGACAACAUGUGGCAGCAGGGGCUCAGGCCAGGUCUCUGCCACAGGCCACAGGGCUCAGAUCUCAGCCUGCCGGGCUAACUCCGACCCCAGGCCUCAGCCCAGGCCUCAACGCUGCACCAAGCACAACUGCAGGAAGUGGGUGUGGUGCAGUAGGCGGGGCGUUGCCGGGGCUGAUAGGUGCCACCGGCCCCUCAGUGAUGAUGAAACCGUUCCUGUCCUUCCCUGUUGAGACGACGUCGCCAGUUGGACUUUUUCCAAACUUCAACACGAUGGACCCGGUGCAGAAGGCCGUCAUCAACCACACAUUUGGUGUUACCAUGGUGCCCAAGAAGAAACAGGUCAUCUCCUGUAACGUUUGUCAACUGAGGUUCAACUCUGAUUCUCAGGCAGAGGCUCAUUACAGAGGCAGCCGUCACGCCAAGAAGCUCAAGUCUCAGGAGAACAAGGCCAAGGCCAAGCUGUCAAUCACUGCAGAGACCAAUGGGAGCAGCUCUAGCCCUGCUGGCCCCGCCCCUCAUGUCUCAGCUAACAGCAGCACCAAUCAGCACACAGAAUUCUUAUCCAGCAUCACCGACUCCUCCUCUCCUCUCAAAGCCUUCCUCCUCCCCUCCUCCUCCCCUCCCUCCUCCUCCUCCCCCUCCUCUAGCAGAGCAGGCAGUGAGCCUCCCCCCUCCAGUCCUCCCUCCGCUCUCCCCGCUCCAGGCCUCUCGUCCUCUUCUUCCUCCUCUGCCUCUUCCAAAGCUUCUCCUCCUCCCCCUCCUCCGGCUCCUGUCACCUCCUCUUCAUCCCCUGCCCCUCUUCCUCCUCCUUCCCAGGCCUCCUCCCAGGAUGCUCCUCUCUCAGUAGAGUCCGAGGAGGAGAAGGCCAAGAAGCUGCUGUACUGCUCUCUCUGUAAAGUUGCUGUCAACUCUCUGUCUCAGCUGGAGGCUCAUAAUGCAGGUUCGAAGCACAAGACGAUGCUGGAGGCUCGGAGCGGCGCCGGGCCGAUCAAGGCCUACCCUCGACCCGGAGCCAAGCUGAAGAACGGCAGCAGCUCCGGGCUGAAGGGCUCCGGCCUGCAGAACAAAACCUUCCACUGUCAGAUCUGUGACGUCCACGUCAACUCUGAGAUCCAACUCAAACAGCACAUCUCCAGCAGGAGGCACAAGGACAGAGUGGCAGGAAAACCCAGCAAACCCAAAUACAGCCCCUAUAACAAACAGCAGAGAAACUCUCUCACUAAGGAGCUGGUGAAGCCCUCCCUCUCUCCCUCCUUCCUCUCCACUCCCUUCGCUCCUCCGCCCUCUUCCCUCACCUCCUCCAUCACGCUCCCUCCCUCCUCUCUCGCCUCCGCCCCCCUCCUCACUCCCACCUCCUCACCCCUCACCCCUGCCAUCUCUCUCCACGCUCGCCCUCCAGCCCCCUCGUCCAUCUUCACCGCCUCCUUCCUGCGUCCGGCUCCUGGACCAAUCAGAGCGAGCCAAGGAUCGAUUCUCUUCACGCCCUACUGA